UUUCAGAGAAGCUGCUGUACCCAGAGAGCACUUUCACUACAGGGUCCAAGAUCAUCCUCUACAUCGACCGGGCGGCCUCCUUGCAUAGCGCUUUCCUUCGCCGUGAUGUCGCCGAUUCCAUCCCGAUGUCCACGGAGAACUUUACCGACAUCGUCGGUGUCCAUCUCUAUAGCCCGCGAUAUGUGGUCCACGCUGAGCUCGUGUGACCACCCCCGUGAGGUGGUGGGUGAACAAAAGGCAUGCGCUACAUCCGUGGAGUCCAUGCACAAGUUCGUGGUGUCAGCACUAGAAACAAAUAGCCUCCAUGCCUUCUCCACAUCCCUCGAUGUGCCAGAGGAGGGCAUCGGCUCACCGUCGCACAUUUACAAGGUGUUGGUGGUUCCUGCAGUAACCGCCCAUGGAGCUAACAAGGACGCAUCCAACACUGUGACAUGCCACAGCAUGAGCUUUCCAUUCGCGUUGUUCUACUGCCAUGCUGUCAACCAGACAAGGAUCUAUGAGGUCACAUUGCAGAAGGAUGAGGUCAGUGCUGCUCCUGCUAUGCCGAGAAUGCCGGUGGUGGUCCGAGCACUGGCGGUAUGCCACGUGAACACUUCGGGGUUCGACCCCACAUUGAAUUAUUGGGUAAAGCUUGGUCUCAAGCCAGGGCAAGCCUCGGUGUGUCACUUCCUUACCAGGGGCGAUGUCCUCUGGACACCUGCCUUAGUAGCUUGAGUAGUUGUAUGCUCGAUAUGAGCCUUGUUGCAUGUAGAAAAUAAGGAAGAUGAGGCCGAAAACCUCCUUCAUGUAUGGCGAGCUAUAUUGCCUAUGCUAAUAUAUGUGAUCCCUGGCUCUAGUACUAAGCAUGUUCCAUCUA